AUGUUUUUCUUACGCAGGUCGAAAUAUAAAGCUAUUCAACAAAGCGACGACAACAUUUCGGAUGUAUCGUUGGGCCGACCACCCUCAGCAUCCAGCUUAUUGUAUCUAGGGUGGAUUCUCGCCUGCGCCUUCGCCUUCACCACUGCAUUUCUCCUAGUCCAACUGUUGAGAAUAAAGUCAGCUUUCCAUGAAGUCGCUUUACAACACGGUUCAUUCAACGAAGGAUUCUCAACAGAAUUUGGUCCUGCGAAGCCGUACAUCCACGAGAAACAGUCUAUGUUUUGGGGAGGCCCAAGAUGGUACGAUAAUGGCACUGGUUAUCAUGUCAAUAAUCCCGCCGAACCCACCUACGUCGGUCCACCAAACGAAGAGAUUGAUGCGGCAUGGGAGGAUCUGCUUCGAGGUCGAUACUUUACAAUCACUGAGGAAGAGGCAGUGCAGACUUUUGGCAAACCCCACGGACUGUACUUACACCCCGAUGGCGUAGGAUACCUAACUGGCCUUGACGUCUUCCAUUCUCUCCACUGCGUAGAACAGCUUAGGAGAGCUCUUGAUCGAAACCACUACUUCAACAAUCAAACAAAACUAGCAUAUCCUGAUAGAGGCCAUCGAGAUCAUUGUAUUGAUCACAUUAGGCAACAGCUAAUGUGUCAUGCUGACCUCACCCCUAUACCGGUCAUUUGGUACAAAGGCCAUAAGAGAAGCUUUGUGCAGUCAGACGUGGCACAUACCUGCCGAGACUGGAACGCCGUCAGGCGAUUUAUCGCCAGUAGACCCUCAUAA